AGAGAGGCCCCCUUCUUUUCAGGAACACUCCAAGUAUUGUUUUUUUGGGGGGGUUGGGGCUGGGGAAAAACUGCUACACUAAGAUGAAAGUUUUACAAUGUUAACAUUUCUCUCUCUGUUCCAUUUGACAACAAUUUCUUGUUCUUCAUUGAGGGACAUUGAAGAAUCGUUGAGAAGAAAGAGCAGUUAACGGGAGAUAGAUAUAGAUUGGGAAUCUUUUUAUCAUUUGCCAAAGAUAUGGAUUCAUCUCCUGGAACUGCUUCCUCCAAUGAUACUGAUUCUAAAGGAACCCCUUCUUCAAAUGGAACUCCGCCUUCAUCUUCAUCUUCAGAUUCUCCUUCCUCUUCGUCUUCGUCUUCAUCUCCAUCACCAAAAAAUGAAUCUCCACCUUCAUCAUCACCGCCACCUCAAUCUCCUCCUCCGUCUUCUAAUGCAUCACCACCUCCAAAAAAUGAUUCUCCUCCGCCUUCUUCACCACCACCAUCCUCUCCUGGUUCUAAUUCAUCACCAUCAAAAGAUAACAAUAACAAUAACAAUAACGAUAACGAUAAUAAUAACAAUAAUAAUAAUAAUAACAACAACAAUAAUAAUACUGAUAAUCAAUCCCCAAAUCCUUCGUCUAAUACACCAUCACAAUCACCACCACCAUCAUCAACGUCCAAUAAUCCAUCAACCCCAAGUAGUCCUAAAAAUCCUCCAUCAUUUCUGUUAUUUUCCCCACCACCGCCUGUUCUCACGCCUGCACCUCCUCAUGCACAUUUGUCUCCUCCUCCGCGCUCAGGAUCUAAUGAACCAUCGCCUGCAAACGAUGAUUCCUCAAGUACUGUUGGUAUAGUAGCUGGAAUUGCUGUCGGAGGCAUAGCCAUAGUCGCGUUGAUCAUUCUAUGUGUGUGGUGUAGUAGAAGGAAGAAGAAACAGAGAUACUAUAUGGCUCCUGGACCUAAAGGUGGUGAUCCAUACUACAAUAACAACAAUCAAUGGAAUAGACGUCAGUCGAUGGAUCAUGUAAUGAAGGUACCACAAAGUGAAAUGGGGACUCAGAGUGGUUGGGCUGGAGCUACUCCACAUCAGCAGGGAGCAAAUUCAAGCGGCGAAUUUGGAUCAGGUUAUUCAGGCCAAGCAGUGCCAUUGCCUCCUCAAUCACCUAAUAUGGGACUUGGUGGUUUCUCCCAGAGCCAAUUCACUUAUGAGGAGCUAGCUAAGGCCACAGAUGGAUUCUCUCAGGCCAAUCUGUUAGGACAAGGUGGUUUCGGAUACGUGCAUAAAGGUGUUUUGAAUGAUGGAAGAGUGGUUGCUAUCAAGAGUUUGAAAGCAGGAAGUGGACAAGGAGAACGAGAAUUUCAAGCUGAAGUUGAGAUCAUUAGCAGAGUUCAUCAUCGUCAUCUUGUGUCCCUCGUUGGAUAUUGCAUUGCUAAUGGACAACGCAUGUUGGUCUAUGAAUAUGUUGACAACAAAACCUUGGAGUUUCACCUUCAUGGAAAAGGUCAACCUGUCAUGGAUUGGGAGACAAGACUUAAAAUUGCUUUGGGAUCAGCUAAAGGACUUGCUUAUCUCCAUGAAGAUUGCCAACAUCGAAUUAUCCACCGCGACAUCAAGGCUGCAAAUAUUCUACUUGACCUCAAUUAUGAAGCCUUGGUGGCAGAUUUUGGAUUGGCUAAGCUUACUUCGGAUAACAACACUCAUGUAUCAACUCGUGUUAUGGGAACAUUCGGGUACUUAGCUCCUGAAUAUGCAUCAAGUGGCAAACUAACAGAGAAGUCCGAUGUGUUUUCAUAUGGAGUCAUGCUGUUGGAACUCAUAACCGCGAAAAAACCAGUUGAUCCUAGCAAUAUGAUGGAGGACAGUUUAGUAGAUUGGGCUAGGCCCCUUCUUACAAGAGCACUUGAAGAGGAAAAAUAUGAUGGAUUGGUAGACGCACGUCUUGAAGGGAACUAUGAUACAGAUGAGCUACAUCGCAUGAUAGGUUGUGCUGCAUCUAGCAUUCGCCAUUCUGCUAAAAGACGUCCCAAAAUGAGUCAGAUUGUACGUGCAUUGGAAGGCAAUUCAUCGUUGGAGGACUUGAACGAUAAUCCAAAACCAAGCAAGGUUCCUAGCUUCGCGGGGGCACCCACUCAGAGCUAUGAUACUGGUAUGUAUAAUGCUGACAUGAUGAAGUUCAGGAAAAUGAUUAUGCCAACACAAGAAUUUAGCAGCAGUCCAAGUGAGUAAUGAAUCAACCCUUCUUACUCCUUCUCAAGCAACGAUUCAACUCGCGAGCAAGAGUAAAAGAAAAAAAAGAAUGUACCUAAAGCUUGAGAUAUUUUUUCAAAACAUUUUCAUGGCUGGAACUGAUAACAAAGAUUUGGGAUUACAAAAAUUAAUGUUUAUGAUGUACAUUCAUUACUCAUAUCUUGAUUUGAAUAACAAAGAUUAUAGGAUCAGAAUACAAUUAUACCUUUUUUGUUUCAAUAUGUACAGCAAUUCACAUACAAUUUAUUCCUACAAAAAUGUUGAAAA